GCCGCCCUGUAAUAAUAAUAAUAAUGCAAACUUAAUAAUAAUCAUAAUAUACUAUCGUUCAGAAUGUAUGGCCAACAGAUCAAAGGCCUAGUCUGUAGCGAUGAGUGCAACAAAUGGUUUGAAACAUUUUUAGGCAAACCAGGGGUACGUCUACUACAACAUCACGAGAGCUUUGAGUUCAGAGACACCAAUUCAGACAAACGCCGAAACGAUGACAAAGAGUUCCCAAUUAUAUACCAAAACAAAUCGGGUCUGCAUUUGAUUAACGAGAGUUCAAUCAGUCAUUUGAAUUCCCGGUUCUCUGAGGGCGCGGAUCACGUCUGUCACGAAAACUUCAGACCAAACGUUUUGGUCGAUUACCCCCAGACCUGGGCUGAGGACACGUGGAAAUGGAUGCGAAUCAAUGGCGUAAACUUCAUGAGACUACUGGUGUGCGACCGGUGCCCCUCCACUACUGUCAACCAGAAAACCGCUGUUAAAAAUAUGGAAACACUGGUGGCGUUAAAAAAGUUUCGGCCACCGGAAGGCAUAACUAAGAAAAAGGGUCUGGGUCCCAGUAUGGGUGUCAUAUUCGCUCAUUUAUCCAAUGGUUUCAUUCAUACCAACGAUUGUGUUGAAGUUAUUUACGGACCCAAUGAUGUCAUUUGAACUAAAUAUUCAUUAAAAGUUUAAUUAAAUCAUAAAUAAUUUCC